ACAUAUGUAUAGCUGUGUUCUUGUCGACGUUUUGUAUGAAGGAUCAGCUGGGAGUUGUUUUGGUCGCCGCUGCCUCGCCAUGGACAAGGUGGAGUUGCCAAUGCUACACUCCCUGACUCCAGGGUCAGUGGCACCUUCCUUAGACACAUUAUCUGAGUCUACCCGCCAUUCACCCAGAAGUGAACCUCCUCCCCUGUCUCCAUUGCCUGAGGAGGAAGAGGAAGAGGAACCUAACAGCCCUCCAGCCUCUCCUGAGCAGGAAGUGGUAGAUGUUGAGUCUCACCAACCAUGUGUUGUGGACCUCACAAAUGAAGAUGAGGACGAUGUAGAUGUGGUGGCAGUGGUACCCCAGGAACAAUCCAUAAUUUACUUGGGAACAGAACAAAGGAGAAGCAGCCGGAGAAGGAGAAACAUAACCAGCACAGCACAGCCACCUGCCCUGGAGGAUGUUACACAUGAAGACAGGCAACAGAACAGUGUAUUUGAGAGUGGUGGUGACACUGGAGGUAGAGAAGACGGAAAUAAUAUUCUAAAUCUUGGGGAAGAGAGACAGCAAAACUGGUUGAUGGAAGCUCCCCCAAUAGACUUUCAUAAUCCCAAUCUUGUUUUUGGGAACCUUCUUGAUGACUUCCCAAUGGGAAGUGGAGAAGGCCACAUUCCUCGCCGACCUAAUCCACUCAGGGAGAUUCGCACAAGAAAUCACACGAGUAAAACCAUCUAUGACGCAGUUCGUGGUCUCCCUUGCCCGGAUCGCUCAGGGUCCUCUCAAAUGCGUGAUGGCGCAGCCCGAGUUGCCAACUUGGACCACCUGCUGCAGCUCGGUUUGGAGAGGUGGAGUGCCUCCGUGCUGUGAUGACGUCAUCAGCAA